GCAGAAGCAGGCGGGAGAGGUGCCCCCUCGUGCGGUUGAGACCCGGGCCGGCGCCGGCAGCAUGGUGGACCGCGGCCCCUUGCUGACUUCUGCCAUCAUCUUCUACCUGUCCAUCGGGGCGGCGAUCUUCGAGGUGCUGGAGGAGCCCAACUGGCGGGCGGCCACGGACGCCUACAAGCUGCAGAAGUCGCAGCUGCUCAAGGAGUUCCCGUGCCUGGGCCAGGAGGGGCUGGACAAGAUCCUGCAGGGGAGAGACAAGGAACAGCCUGCUACCACAACCAGAUGGCUUAGGAAGCUUUGGAGAAAGGAGGGAGGCAAGGUGGUAUCAAAUGCUGCUGGGCAAGGAGUUACCAUUACGGGCAACAACACAUUCAACAACUGGAAUUGGCCCAAUGCUGUGAUCUUUGCUGCUACUGUAAUCACAACGAUUGGAUAUGGAAACGUUUCUCCAAAGACACCCUCUGGGCGUCUCUUCUGCAUAUUUUACGGUCUCUUUGGGGUUCCCCUCUGCUUGACAUGGAUCAGUGCUUUGGGGAAGUUCUUUGGUGGGCGUGCCAAGAGGCUGGGCCAGUUCUUGACCAAGAGAGGAGUAAGCCUGAGGCAAGCACAAAUCACAUGUACAGCUAUUUUCAUUAUGUGGGGAGUCCUCAUUCACCUGGUUAUUCCUCCCUUCGUCUUUAUGGUGACAGAAGGCUGGGACUACAUUGAAGGUCUCUAUUUCUCGUUCAUCACUAUCACCACCAUAGGAUUUGGAGACUUUGUUGCUGGUGUAAACCCAGAAGCAAACUACCAUGCCCUUUACCGAUACUUUGUGGAGUUAUGGAUCUACCUGGGCCUAGCGUGGCUUUCUCUAUUUGUUAAUUGGAAAGUCAGCAUGUUUGUGGAAGUCCACAAAGCAAUCAAGAAACGGAGGAAAAAAAGGAAAGAGUCAUUUGAAAAUCCCCCUCACUCUAAAAAAGCCCUUCAAAUGGGCACCUCCAAGGAUGUGAACAUUUUCAGCUUCCUUUCCAAGAAGGAAGAAACCUAUAAUGAUCUCAUCAAGCAGAUUGGGAAGAAGGCCCUGAAGUCAAACAAUGAUAAUGUCAUUAAAACAGACCAUUCCAAACCAAAUAUGCAGAUUGCCAAUAAAGAUGUCCAGGUGACGUACACAAAGAGCAACUCAUUCAAUUAUGAUGAGGUUUCCUUAAAACUCAAAAAUGGUCACAUUGCAAAGCACCUAAAUGACCAACAGACAGACAGCCCACUGGGCUGCAACAUGUUUGUAAACCAGCUGGACCGAAUCAGUGAGGAAGAAGGGGAAGCAUGGGACUCCAGGGAUUGCCGUCCCCUGAUAUUUGAGAAUGCCAAUAUAACUUUUGUAAAUGAAGAUGAUGAUGAAGAGCAAGAUAUUUCAGAUGAUGAGGAAACUUCCAAAUCCUCCAUGGAUGACAAUCUUGUAGAGGAACCUGAGACUCCCAAAACCCUGAUGAAGUUUUCAUCUUCCGAUGAAUCCACAUUUACCAGUAAUGAGCUGGAAACUUCUGUGCCUUAUGAACAACUGAUGAAUGAGUAUAACACAGUAAACAAUGGAAAUGCUACAACGUGAAGCAGCACUCAUGCUGACAAUGGUUGUCUGAUGUUGGUUAAUAGAUGGGAGCAAGGAGGAAGGCACAUUUAUUGCUUAAAACCUCCUGUUUCUCAUUUUUUUUUAAAAACAAACUAAAACUCCAAUGUUUUAAUGUUACCUACAGGGUUUUUUGUUGAGAAACCAUCCAUUCAAUUUCACUUUAUGUGGUUUUUAUUGUUUGUUUGGUUUUUUUUUAAAAGCAAGUUGUAACAGAAUGACAGUUUAAGGGUUUGAGGAGGCUGGAAGUGUGGGGGGAAAGAAUAGUUAUUACACUGGACCUAUUUUGUGCUUUUCCUGAGGGAAUUAGUUUGGGGGUGAAACUACAAUUGCAGACAAACUAGUUUGGGCAUCUAUAACAUGUUUGAUUACUGUACUAGACUUUCACCUCUGGAAACCUGGAUUCAAGUCCUGCUUAGACCAUACAUGAAAAGUCUUAUCAUAGUCGAGACUCCCAAUUGUGCCAUAUUCUGUCUCUCUUCUCCAAAAGAAGGAAAAGCAGGAUGUACCAAAGGUGAGAGGAGAGGUGCAUUGGCAGAGCUGAAUAAGGAAGCUUCCAUAGCAUCAGAUUAUGCUAGUGCUAACAAAAAUGAAGAGCACUAACUUCUUGAACAAAUCUAUUUAAAAGCCCAAAGGAACUGGUUUAGAGAGCCUUUAAUGAACAAGGACCUACCCUAGGAUGAAAAUCCUUCUUGGGCAUGGAAAGCAUGUGUGAAUGAAAUUCAGGGUCUAGCAGCCUGAUUGUGUGCAAGAAAGUAGUGAGGAGGGUAUGGAGGGGACACCACCCUGAUCAAAGUAAAGAAGAGCACAACCACCAUUUGACAAGCUUUGUGGGUGCAACAUGUCCUUCUGCCCAUAUUCUAGAGGAAAUACUUGAAUAAACUUUAUAUGAUGCAUCUGUACAGGUGAAGUUUUUAGUGAUACUGUUCUUUGAGCAAAAACAUCUUUUGAGUAGAGGACACCCUCUGAGUGUUGUAGUGCCUCUUGGAAGGACUUAAAGAGCUGCUGCAGACCUUGUAUACAGUGUGUUCAAUAUCGCUGCAAAAUCUUUUGCUGUUUCUUGCCAACUUGGUACUUCAGAUUACACUUGAACCUGAGCAUUUUUGUACCAGUAGUUGCUUAUACUUCUGCAUGUUGCAUCCUUAAGAGGACAUUCCAUAUGGUUAUUUUACCCCAAAUAGCUGGGUAAUGCUAAAUCUUUGUUACCAUUUUCAGAAGUGCUACAGUGACUUAGGCUCCAAGUGUCUGUUUCAAAACUGACUUGAGAAGCAUAACUUGCUUUUAAAAAGAGACUUGGACCCCUAAGUCACUGUAGCAGUUCUGAAGAUGUUAUGUCUCGGCUCCAGUUAGGGAUUCUUGCUAUGGGGUGCCAGGCCUGCUUUUUUUUUUUUUUAAAUGAAUACCACAUUUUGAGUAAAGAAAAUGGUGGUGUGUGGUUUUAUAUUUCUCGCUCUUUUUAUUUUGUUAAAGUGCUCUACACAUGAAAUGUGCCAAAUCCUUUCAGAUGAAGCUCUUGAUUUAUGUUGGCAAGAGGUAUGGAUUUCAGCGGUCCAACAUAUUUUUAGAACAGAAAAUUGCUGGGAUUUUAAACUUUUUAACAUUAUUAGGCAAGUUUGUGUUUUGUUUUACAGUAUCUAAGUCAUGUCAACAUGCCUUAAACUUUCAGCAGUCCAGUGAACAGUUGAAACAAAACUCUAAGCAUUUGAGAGCACGGAAAAUAUGGCUCUCUUCUAACUUUGAGAGGUAGUGUAGAAUUGUUGUAAUGCUAACUUUGAAUGACUAAACUUACUAAUAACAGUACAUAUUAGCUGCUGCUUGAAUCACUAGUUUCUCCUUUUGAUACAAGGAGAACUUGUGGAAACCUGGCACUCCAGUUGGAUAUCCUGUUGACGAGAGUUCUGAAGUCACCUACUGUGAAACAAGGAAUGACAGUGUUCAUUUCUGGUCAGAAGCUUGUACUAUUUGCAGGAGCUUCUAUACACUAAUGUUAACUAAGGGCAAGAUCCUGCCCCAUUACACUGGUCUGAAAUGUAAAGUGUGUUUCAUUGGUUUUAGUAGUUACUCCACACUAACAUUUGCAUGGCUGGGGAGAAAAAGCAAAUCCAAUGUGUAAUUGCAAAAUAUUGCUGCUGUUUGGCACCUUGAUGGAAGGACACAAUCAGAUUUUUUGCAACUGACAGGAAUGAGCACAUCUGUCUGAGCAAUGUUUGGUUCAUUCUAAUAGACUUUCUUUUCAUAGCCUUUUAUUGCGAUGCCAAGCCCCUCAGGUGUACCUCCUUGUAUUAAGGGUUCUGAAUGAUGACUGUGCCUUGGUGCCACUAGUACU